ACUAAUGAUAACCAAUUCACUGUGGUCAAUUGCAAAGGAAAAACGUGAUCUAUCUAGAUUUCAUCAACCGGUCAUAACAGAUCUUGAAAGGUAAGCCGAGUGGUCAUUUUAGAGCACAAAAUGAAGAACACCCUCUUCUCACGUCUCCCUCAUACAACUACAAAUCCAUUCAAAAGUGACACUUUUUCAUCAUUAGAUUAGAGAGGGUGAUAUUUACUAGAGUUUGGUUAUGAACUUCUCUGUGUUUAACAGAAGCUGGUGGUGUAACCAUGAGACUAGAAAAACUUUGUACCUCUUGUUCUUGGGUCAAGUGGUCUCCUUCACUUUAGCUCUUAUGAGUUUCACUUCAUCACUCAUUGCCAGUUUAGGUGUGGAUGCGCCUCUUACACAGAGCAUUUUUAUUUACUUAAGCUUGGGCUUGUUUUAUGGAAGUAUCUUGUUGUACAGGCGCCAGAGAUUAAGGGUUUCUUGGUAUUGGUAUCUCUUAUUGGGGUUAGUUGAUGUUCAUGGGAAUUAUCUUGUUAAUAAAGCAUACCAAUUCUCAUCAAUUACUAGUGUGCAAUUAUUGGAUUGUGGAACUAUAGCAUGGGCCAUAGUGUUAACAUGGAUCUUCCUAGGCACUCGAUAUUCCUUGUGGCAAAUUUUUGGUGCAGCCAUAUGUGUGGCGGGUCUCGCUUUGGUGAUCUUCUCUGAUUCAGGAGCGGGUGAUGGAGGUGGUUCAAGACCUCUACUUGGCGACGCACUUGUGAUCGUGGGGACUCUUUUCUUCGCUAUGAGCAAUGUUGGGGAGGAAUUUUGUGUAAAGAAGAAAGAUCGCGUUGAAGUAGUUUCUAUGAUUGGUGUCUUUGGAUUUCUAGUAACUAUUUGUGAGAUACCUUUGAUAGAGCUGAAGAGUUUGGAGUCAAUCAACUUGUCCACGGAUAUUAUAUUGGCUUUUGUUGGCUUCACUCUUGCUGGUUUUAUGUUCUACACAAUUGUUCCAUAUGUUCUCAAGCUAAGUGGUGCUACAAUGUUCAAUCUCUCUGUUCUCACCGCCGACAUGUGGGCAGUUAUUUUUCGAAUCUUUUUCUAUCAUCAACAGGUUGAUUGGUUAUACUUUCUUUCUUUUGCAGUUGUAGUUAUUGGGCUCAUCAUAUACUCACUAACUGAAAGGGAUCCUCAUCCAUUACCAUCUUUGGAGAAUGGAAAUGCCGAUGUUCAGUACCAAAUACUUGUUGAUGAAAAUAUUGUGACUGAGAAUGAGGCUUCGGGUGCAAGAUGAACACACAGAAAGUUAAACUAUUCUUAAUUUGAGUCUGUAAUUAUAGCUGAUCCAUGGUAAAUAAUUGGGCAUUUAUAAUAAGAUCUUUGAUUCUUACACAGUUUGGCUUUUAAACUUUUGAGAAGAUUAGAUUCUUUUUCACCUCAAAAACCAAAUUAUGCAAAUUCAGAGUUCAAAAAGAUAAGUAGAAAUAAGUGAUAUAAUUCUUAGUUCUAAUUCUUUCAUGUCUUAUGUGUUGUAUAAAACACUUUGAUUUAUACUAUAAAUAUAUGAUUUAUACUAUAAA